GGUCGAGAGUAAUGCAGAAAGGGAUAAACUUUUAUAAAAAUCUGUUGCAAUGUCUAGUAAAAAGUUUAUGCAGAAAUAUCAACUAACAUGGUUCUUAUUCUAUGUAGCCGGCCUUAUCGGUAAUUACCUGGGUGCCUCUCACAUGCGGGUCUUUAUUAUUUCCGUUUUAAAAAAAAUGUUCAAAAGGGUAGAGGAGCUUGAGAUACUAAAGAAAAAUCAUAUACAAACCAUGAAGCUUCUUGAAUACCUUGCAAAAGAUGGGAUGUACUGGGAUUUAUUCAGUAUGGGAUCUUCCAAGCAGGGGACGGUGAGUGACGAUGAUGAUUAUGAUGAUGAUGAUGAUGAUGAUGAUGUCCGGGAGAAAAAGUUUUUAAUUAAAGAACUUCUGAAAGUAACUGAGAGUGUAGUAGAGAAACGUAUUAGAGAACCAACAAGAUGGUCUGAAUCACUUCACAAAGUGAUUAAAGAACUUCUGGAGCUAACCGAUAGCCUAGCAAAGGAACCAAUAAGAGCAGCGACAAGAUGGACCGAUUCACCUCUCAUAGUAGGUGCCAAGAUGGGGCUACAUGAUUUUGUAGAACAAAUUUUGAAGGUACAUCCACAAUCAGCUCGGCUCAAAGACUCAGAAGGGAGAAAUGUCCUACAAGUUGCGAUUAAACACGGGCAUGUGAAGAUUGUGAAGCUUAUAGCUGGGAUGAUAUCAGGACCUAAUCCGACGUUGCCAUCUUGGUUGCUGUGGGACAUUGAAGAUGACGCUAUGAAAAACACUAUCCUGCAUUAUGCUGCUGAAACAACCAUCAAAAGAGAAGGGUUUGCACUGCAGAUGCAGCACGAGAUCAAAUGGUUCGAGAUGGUGAAGAAACUGCUCCCAAAGGAUUUGGUGAACACCAGAAACUCAAAAGAGGAGACUGCUCAAGAGCUGUUCAACGAGAAUCAUGCAGAGAUGGUGAAGAGUGGAAGGAAUCAGCUGAUGGAAAUAGGGAAGACAUGCUCAGGUCUCCUGGCAGCAGUGGUGUUCGCCACUAGCUUCAGCAUUCCCGGAAGCAAAGACUCGGACAGUAUAACAGGACCUUCUAACAAUAACGUGACUAACAGUAGUGAAGGGAACCAUUUCCAGGAUGAGUCAGUGGGGUUCAUAGUGUUCAGUCAUGUGUAUGUGAUUGGGUUGUCAUGUGCGACGUGUUCUCUUUUGCUUUUCUUGUCAUUGUUGAUUUCCAUCUAUAGUUUGGAAUCCUUCAGGAGAGCUCUUCCGACCAAGUUCAUCCUGGCGAUUGUGUCCUUCUUGCUGGCCUUGGCGGCACUUCUGGUGGCCUUCAUAUGCAACGUAUACCUUAGUAUUUACGGAGGGGGGACACCAAAGGCUAAGGACUUGCUACCACUCAUCCUUGAGCUGACCGGCUUCCCAUUCCUGUGCGUCGUUGCUUGGUUCUUAGGUGGCUUUGGCAUUCCUUUUUCGAAUGUCAUUUUAAAUAAAUUCCGUCGAUAAGUGCCGCCAUACAUGCAUGCACGCACGCACAUAUACGUACGGUUGUUUUGUGUUAAGUUUGUGUUGAACAGUGUUUUCUUUUUCUUUUAUUGCUAGU